AUGCCGCUCGCGGUUCUCCCCGACGUGUCCGCACUUCCAGACGCGUCGGACUUCAAGCCCUCGCUCUACACGUUCGACGCUGAGCUGCUCCUCGAGUCGCUCGCCACUCUGGCAGACGGCAGCGGCUAUUAUGCCCGGGUGAACGGGAAGGACAAGAAUUGCGAGGUCGAGAUAUUGAAAUUGGACAUGGGGGCGGGCAUGAAGUACAGCACGUUGGCUUACAGCUCCCCCAAGGAGGCAGGCCAGGUUGGCGAGAUCGUGGCGAAGGCUGUCGCCGAGGGCUCGGAGACGGCCUCGGGGACGAUCUCCUGCGACGGCAAUAAGAUCACGCUGAGUGAGAAGGGCGUCGUUCUCGAGGUGGUCGACAGGGGCCACCUGAGAGAGUGGAAGUCGUCCGAGGGCGUGAAGUGGACCGAGUUCUACUUCUUCCUCGGCGCCAAGGGAUCCGGGUCGCUGGAAACCUGCGGCACACGGCGGUGGUUCGAGCGCGACCUGCCCACGGGCGGCACAACGGGCCUCUUCCUGCAGCACGCGCACCUCUUCUCCGUCGAGUGA